AUUUGGCGCGUUAUUCGAUCACCACCAAUGAAGUUGGCACGCGCGAUUUACCCAGAUUGCAUCUUGAAGUUGACCCCGAGUUCCCUAAGUCCAAGAUGGCUACUAUGACAAAUUCGUCGGGCUGUCAAUCGAGUUUGGGAUACGCCUAAAUUUUUCGAUCCUAACAUCUACUUUUCUAAACAUUAUCUUACGAUGAUGCUCGUAAGUUUGCACGUUACUAUGAAGACUGUAGAAUGAUCGAUAGAUGAAUGAUUACCUCGGACAGGCAUCUCGUCCUAAUUAUACAUAUAAGAUUGCAAGACCUAAUAUAUUCAUGAAUUAUAAACUAUAAAUGAAAGAUGGAGGCGAUUGUAGAAUAUAAUUAUAUAGCUAGGGAACCUGACGAAUUAACUCUCAGAAAAGGAGAUAUAAUUAGAGAAAUAAAAGUGAUGUUGGGUGGUUGGUGGGAAGGUACUUUAAGAGAUAAGCGUGGCAUGUUCCCUGAUAAUUUUGUUAAGGUAUUGGAUCCAUCUCCGACAAGUGGAGCGAGCACAACUGAAGCUGUUAGUAGUACAAAACCAGAAGAAGUUACUUUACGUAAUGGGGGAUCUGGAAGGAGGUGGUGUAAAGUUCUAUACAGUUAUGAACCUUGUAACGAAGAUGAAUUAACUCUUGUACCUCAAGAUUCCAUAGAAUUCUUGGGUGAAGUAGAGGAAGGAUGGUGGAGAGGUAGACUUAGAGGGAGAGUUGGUGUCUUCCCUUCGAAUUUUGUACAUCUAAGUUAUGAAGAAGAAGAUAAGCACAAGAAAGACAAGAAAGAAUACUGUAGAGUUCUGUACGCGUACGAGGCAGCUAAUGAAGAUGAAUUAACAUUGGUUGAAGGAGAAAUAAUUGCAUUGCUUUCCAGAGAUGCACCGGAUAAAGGUUGGUGGAAAGGAGAAUUAAGAGGACAAAUAGGAUUAUUUCCAGAUAAUUUUGUCGAAGUUAUUGGGGUUAAGAAUGAUCAUCAAGAUCAAGAACAGUGGCACGAAGCAGGUCAACUGACUUCUAAAUCUGUUGCGAAACAUGCUCAUCAACUAAAAAAAAGUGAGAAAGCACAUGCUAGGAAAAGUUUAGAUCCCAAAAAUUUACGUACAGAUCAUUUUAGUAACAUGGUGGAAACUACUAAAAAAUUGAUAACAUCGUCUUCUACAUCUUCAACUUUAGCCUUGUCUAAUGUUGGUGGAGGGGGUGGAAGUAGUGGUGGAGGAAGCGGGGAGAAGAAACCAAUGAGCAAUCCUUCACUUAUUUCUAAUUUGAAACAUUUUAUAAGUGAUGCUGGAAGUAAUAAUGGCAAUGGAAAUCCAAGCAUAGCGCUAGGAGAAGAGUUAGAUGGAGUGGAGAGAGGUGAAGGGGCGCCACUUUCGCAUUUGACAGCUUCACGUGCAAAAGCACCUCGACGUCGUUUGCCUUCCUCUCAACAUUUACGACAUCAUACUACUGGAACUACAACAACAGCAACCACAAUACUUAAUACAACAAUAAAUCCCACUAUGGAAGAUAAUUUAUCGAACGGAAAUACUGAAGAAACAGACUCGUUAAGGGAAGAUGAAGGUGAGAAACUGUCAGCAAAAGCAAGGAAGAAGGCACCUUGGGUAGAAGAAUUAAAAAUGAAUCAGUUAGAAAGGAGAAAAGUCGGUUCGGUCGAUCGGGUUGAUAAACCGGAAAUUAAGAGAGAAAGCACUGUCUCACGAUUAAUGGUAUCAUUUAGAAAUAUCGAUGCUGCUGCUAAACAAGAAACAGAGUGUGAAGAUAAACAAAAAGAAAAGGAAAGAAAGUCAGAUACAACGGAUCAUGGAACUGUAACAACACCUGGAACUUUGGCCUUUGUUCCGUACCAUCUUUAUAGUCAACUGCUGGAAAGGGUUGCCAUGCUGGAAGAAAAACAGGCACUAUUGCAGCAAACUGUACAACAACUUUCAGAGCAGCUUGUACCACUUAUGGCAAAUGCUUCAAUGAAUAACAAAGUUUGAAACUUUUUAAUAUCUAAAAAUUGAUGCGUAUUUCCUGAAACGUAUUUUUAUAAUUAUAAUAUUUUGUUUUUAAUUUAUAAAUAUUUUGUUGUUUGUGUCAUAAUGUUGCAAAUAACGAAGUACUAAUACUAUUAAUAGCAUAAUUAUUACUAGUACUAUUAUCGUGGUUGUUAUAUAUUUAUUGAUUUUGGUGGUGUCAUUUUUUUCGUUUGCUCCACCAAUGCAGUAACAGUAUUUGCCUAUUUUUGGCUAUAAAUGCGACAUUCCGUCUAAGAUUUUUUAACCGUAAAUAUUCAUUGUUUUUUUUGUCUUUACAUAAUCUGAUAUUUCGUGUGAUCUCACAACAUCCGCCAGAUUGAUUUUUUUUUUACUUUUUUGUUUUUAUUUUGUCGAUACUUUUUUUUCUUAAUUGUGAUGUUUUAAAUAUAUUAGUAACAUAUUAACAAGAAAAACUUUUAUCGUUUUAAAGAAAUACCAAAAAUUGUCUCGUUAUAGCAAUUAAAGUUUUAGCUAUCAAAGAAGAGAAACUAAAGUACUUAAAACAGUUGUUUAAUUGAAUAUAAUGUGAUUUUUGUCCAUCUAAUAGAUGCCUCGCAAUAUUCAUAUGAUGAUAAUAAUUCAUAGUAAGUUUAUUCAUUCGUGAGUGCCAAUAUACACUACUCUGUUCACUGCAUUUGUGAGGUGCCUCCAUUCAUACACAGAGAUACAAACACCUAUCUGGAAACUCAUAACCAUAUAUGUUACAAAUAACAAGUUGUGAGCUAGUUUGUGGAUACAUUAGAUCCAAAAAUUGAAUGUGUCAUUUUUUAAGUAUUGCUUUUCAAAUGGUGCUAAUAAAGUAAGUGAUAUACAAAUCUAUCACAAAUUUGUAGUAUACACAUAUGAAUGAGGUAGUAAACAAUGAGAAAAAAAGAAUCUAUCACACACAGGGAAUGAAUUGAAAGUUAUUUAAUACUUGUGUAGAGAAACAAAUUAGAAGCUAUGUUUGGCAUUAUUAUGAAAACGUUGAACAUUUGACAAAUUUUUUAUUUUCUUAAAAGAGCAAAAUUUUAAGUGAAUGUACUUAUAGCACAAACACGACCUAGAUAGAAUAUUUAAUUUUUUAUAUAAAUAUUCGUUAUAUAAAUUCUAACUGAUGAUUCGAGCAAAGCAGAUUAGUAUUGUAUAUUUCCACAUUAGAAAACAUUAUUUCUUGCAAUAUUUUCAAUUUGAAUUAAACAAUUUAUUGUAAAAAUUCUAGUCUGAUAAAUCAAAUUUUUCUAAAUUAUGUACCGUAAAUAUCAAAAUACAUAAAAUCAAUAUUCGUGAUCAUAAAUGUGACUGUUAAUGCAAAUUGUAUUAUGAAAUAUAAAUAUUGUGACGCAUACAUUUCUUUUUUAUACUUAAUGCGCACAUGAUUGAUCUAUAUAGUUAUCGAAAUUUGUCGGCAAGCAACAAAUGAUUGCUUAUAUUAAUUCCUGUAUAUUAACAAAAAUUACUUUUGGUAAGAUCGAAGUCUUUCGGGUUUAGGGCUACUCGUCUUGUUCAUAUUAAUUAUUCUAAUUUUGCUUCAUCCUACACAUAUAAUAUUGCCUAAUGCUGCAUGAAAGUUUUAAAAGCAUUCCAAAAAGUUUAUAUAUUUCUAAACAAAGACAUAGAAUAGCUAUACUUAUACAUAUACGCACAUUCCUUAUUUAAGCAAUAAAUAAAAUAUCUAAUUAAAAGAAAAUAAAAUAAAAAAUGUGUUCAUCUAAUUGCACAUGCAUUAUUAUAGAGUUGUGAAAAAUGGCACUUGGAACGCGAUGUAUUUUUUUCUAUGCGAUCCGUCCCGAAUUAUAAUAAUGCAAUGUGUAAGCUUAUCGCUUUUCAUUAACAAAUGAAACAUGAUAGAAAUAUAACAUGUGCAAACAAAUUUCAAUGACAUGCUUGCAAGCUUUUCUUAUUAUAAACUAUUUUACUGCGCAUAUUUAAUCGCUACGAUUACACGCUAUGAACUGCAUAUUAACAAUGGCAAGAAAAUAUAAAUUAUCUUUGUAAAAUAUAUUGUAGGAACAUAUAUCAAUAACUUAUUAAAAAUAUACAGUUUUGUCUCGUAAAAUAGAUUU